AUGUCUGAUGAUGAAACAUUCAACAAUACUAUUCUACCUCCUGCCUCUGGGGAUAUUGAUGGUGGCAUCCCCAAUAUUGAUCAGCACCAAUCAAUUGAAAACAACACAUUAGAUGCAACCCCAAGCCAACCACGGCUAAACUCAGUUGACAACAAAAAUUCAUCACCAAAGGGAAAGGGCAAAGCACAGAUAGAUGAUAUCAAUUUCCCUUCCAACAAUUCAUUCAAAACAGACCUUGAAUGUCCAAUUAUUGAUCCACAAAUUGUCAAUCCAUGUGGACAUACUGUCUGUGCACCAUGUGGGAUGUCAUGGUUAUACUCCAAAAGAGGUAAAACUUGCCCUAUCUGUCGCACAAAAGUCAAUGUACUUCAACCAUACUUCUCCAAUAUUAUUGUGAAGAAUUUGGUGGAAACAUUUGUCCAACUUUGUCAGAAUAAGGAGAGAAGUGCACAGUCUGAACUGAUGGACAUUGAAUAUUGGAAUGAAAGGAAACGGUGA